AUGAUCUCGCGGCACGCUCGCCAGAGCCUCUCCGUCAGGCAAGCGACAUCGCUCCGCACAUUAUCGAGAUGUUUCACGAGAAGUCCCCUGAUACUACAACAUCAGAGCACGGCAACGACCACAGCCGGGCAUAGAUGUGUCUUCACCGGCCACGCUCGACCCGUGCGGAGGAGACUGUCAGAUGCUGCGCAGCGUCAUGUGCGCGAACGUAGCCUCGCUACGGCAGCCGGAGAUGUCAACUUUGACAGCCUCCCGUAUGGCCAGAUGGGUCACGCGAGUCCGCUGCCCUUCCAGUCACAACCCCUCUACUCCCAGAGCUUCCAAAGCUUCGACCCGUCGAUGCCCCUGAUCCUCCCCGAGCCGACCGAAUCCCGACCGAUGACGAGAAUGAACAGGAAUGGUAUCCCCGGCGACACAGAGGAUCUCAUCUCCGUUUUCGAGGCCUGCCUCCGUGUUGGGAAGCUCGAACGGGCCAGCCUCGUCCUCAAGCGUGUCAACGCCCACCCGUCCAUCUCGAACGAAGAGCGCAUCCUCCUCCACAACAUGUACCUCCGCUCCAACCUGCAGCAGAUGCGUGUCACUCCUGAUCCAAAGCAACUUGAGCACCUCCACCAGUGGUACGAGCUGCAGAUUCGGAACUGUGGGCUCCCCCACACCGCCGAGACGGUCGCUUGCAUGCUCAAGGCCUCGCUCCUCUCCGAGCGUGGUGGAAGGCUCAAGCGUCUGAUCAAGAGGUAUAUGGGCAUGGCACCCGGCGAAUCCGGUCUCAAGGUGCUGUCCAUGGCCGACAUCCUCAGUGACCAGGACAUUGGUGUCAUCACAGACACCUGCCCCAUGUACAAUUACGUGCCUGAGGCCGAAGAGGUCGAGGGCCAGCUGGAGGCACAAGUCGAGGAAGCUUCCCGCAUCGAGCCUGGCAAGGGAACAUCAAGCUUGGGCCCCGAGCUCAUCCCCACCCCCCAGCGUGGCGAGGGUCUCAAGUCGCUGCGCAAGGGUCUUGAGUUCCUACGGGACAUUCAGGACGUCGACGUGUCGAAGCUCCCGUUGCAGGACCAGCGGGAUAUUCAGAUUCAGCUGGAACGAGACUCCAUCGGCUCCGCGAUUUCGAGGUGGCGAUUGGAGAACAAGAACAGGCAGCAGCGUGGAAUCAACUCGGCCAUCACCGGUGGCGGUUUUGGCGAGAACUCACUCCCCAGCCACAUGGCUGCAUGGUUGACUUCGAUGGAGAACCGCCUCAAAGAUGAGUUCAAGCUCAUCGAGGCGUCGGAGCAGAAGACUGGCAAGUCGGAUGCUGAUCUGGAGCGCUGCUUCUACGGCCCCCUCAUCCGGCAGGCCGAUCCAGCACGCCUUGCUGCUGUGACCAUCCUCACGGCCCUCAACAUCGGUGCCAUGACCGGCGCAGACAAGGGUGUCCCCGUGAGCAAGCUUAUAUUGAAUAUUUCGAAAAACGCCGAGGAGGACAUCGAGAUUCAGAUGAAAGAACAAUUCAGGAAGAAACGAAAAGUCCAGUACACGGGAGCGGCUGAGCCGACACCGUCGGAAACUUCUGCCACACCUCUAAUUCUGGAAACUGAGGGGGGGACGGACACGUCCAAGGACAAAGAGGCACGCAAUGAGAACAAGGGCUGGUCGCUGCAGGCAAGGACGCAGGUCGGCUCUAUCCUGGCCAAGGUCUUGAUCGAGAAUGCUAAGAUGAGGGUUGUCGCGGUUGACCCCAUGACUCAGGAAAGGGUCAGCCAGUACCAGCCAGCUUUUACGCACACGCAGCAGAUCCGCAAGGGCAAGAAGACAGGCGUCCUGAUCCUGAACUCUCACCUAGUCGAGCAUCUCAAGAAAGAGCCCAUGGGUGACUACUUAGCCAAGCACCUUCCUAUGAUUGUGGAGCCGAAGCCGUGGAAAACGUUGACCGAGGGCGGUUUCCUCGAGAGCAAGUCGAGCGUUAUCCGCGUGCAGCCUGGCGAUGUUGAGCAGAAGCUCUACACCAAGGCAGCCAUCCGCUGCGGAGACUUCGACACCGUCUUCAAAGGCCUCGACGUGCUCGGCAAGACGGCCUGGCGCGUAAACAACAACGUGCUCACCGUCAUGAUGGAGGCUUGGAAUAACGGCGUCGAGAUUGCUAACAUGCCUCCUCUGAACCCUAACUUCGAGAUCCCCACCGAGCCAGACGCAACGGAGCACCCAGACCUUCAUCGUCAGUGGGUGGCUGCCGUGAGAGUCAUCGAGAACAACCGGGCUGGACUCCACUCGCAGCGCUGUUUCAUGAACUUGCAGCUCGAGAUUGCCCGCGCGUUCCGGAACCAGACACUAUACUUCCCUCACAACGUCGACUAUCGCGGCCGCGCGUAUCCCAUUCCUACCUACCUCAAUCACAUGGGUGCCGACCACACGCGCGGACUUCUAAGCUUCUCGUCCGGCAAAGAGCUCGGCGCCAGGGGUCUGCGCUGGCUCAAGAUUCACCUGGCCAAUGUGUUCGGUCUUGACAAGGCUAGCUUCGACGACCGUGAGGCCUUUGCCAUGGAGAACGUCGCCAACAUCGUCGACUCUGCCACGAACCCGCUGGGCGGCAACAAGUGGUGGCUCAAGGCCGAGGAGCCGUGGCAAUGCCUUGCUACAUGCUUCGAGCUCAAGGCUGCCUUUGACCUCCCAGACCCGACCAAGUAUGUGUCACAUCUGCCUGUGCAGCAGGAUGGCACGUGCAACGGCCUCCAGCACUACGCGGCCCUAGGUGGUGACAGCUGGGGUGCCAAGCAGGUCAACCUGGAACCCGGAGACAAACCUGCCGAUGUGUACUCUGCCGUCGCGCAGCUGGUCAAGGAGACGAUUGCCGAAGACGCGGCCAACAACAACCCACUGGCCAAGAUCAUGCAAGGCAAGAUCACUCGUAAGGUGGUUAAGCAGACGGUCAUGACCAACGUAUACGGCGUGACGUUUGCCGGAGCCAGGAAGCAGGUGUGCAAGCAGAUUGACGCUCUGUACCCGACCAUCGGCCGGGACAAUGACACCAAGAACAUAGUCCUCGCGUCCUACGUCGCUCGACACAUCUUCAUGGCUCUGGCGACCAUGUUCAGGGGUGCGCACGACAUCCAGUACUGGCUUGGCGAAGCAGGCGGACGCAUCUGCCGCGCUCUGACGCCUGCGCAGCUGGAUCACAUCGCCGAGGAAUUCCGGGCAGCGGAGCCCAUCGCGGCGAGUGCGUCCAAGGGAAAGGGCAAGAGGACGAAGAAGGCGGGUGCGGCGGUUCGCAGCAAGGCCGUCAAGGCCGGACUUGACGAGCUGGCUAAGAACUUCCGAUCGACGGUGGUGUGGACGACGCCGCUGCGAAUGCCGGUGGUGCAGCCGUACCGCAAGGGCACGAUGAAGGAGAUCCGCACGUGUCUCCAGGCCGUCAUGUACCCGACGACCGACCAGACCGAUCCUGUGAACCGCAAGAAACAGCUGCAAGGAUUCCCACCCAAUUUCAUCCACUCCCUCGACGCGAGCCACAUGCUCCUCUCGGCGCUCAAGUGCCAUGAGCUGGGGCUAAGCUUCGCGGCCGUGCACGACUCGUUCUGGACGCACGCGGCCGACGUGGACGUCAUGAAUGGCGUGCUGCGCGACGCCUUCAUCAAGAUCCACGAGGACGACGUUGUCGGCCGCCUAGCCGCCGAGCUCAAGACGCGCCACCACGGCUCCCUCUACCUCGCCAACAUCGACCCGGACAGCGCCGUCGCUCGCAAGAUCAAGGAGCUUCGCGCGAAGAGCAACCUCUCGCCCAAGGAGGAGCUACUACUCGAGCACAAGCGUAACACGCUACGUCUGUCCGGUAACCCUUGGGAUCUCGAGGCCGCCAAGCAGAUUGUCACGCCCGCAUCGGUGUACGAGGACAUGGCUGCCACAGAGGAGGACGUCGGUAUCCUCGAGGAUGUCAGGGAGAUUGAACUUGGUGCUGUGCCGGAUAUCAAGGACGAUGCCGCUGCCGCUACCAUGUCCUCCCCCGCCAUGGAUGACGAGGAUGACCUGGAUGCUCAGCCUGCUUCUAAGCCCGCUGCGGCCAAGUCUAACCGACCUACUGUGCCUGUUUGGCUUCCCCUGACUUUUCCCGAGGUUCCCAAGAAGGUAUCUUCAAUCUUGUCUUAUCAUCCCGUCUGUCCCAACUUGAUAUGA